GCGAUCGCCGCCAUGAUGAACAGAAGCGGCGUAAUGCGCUUGGAAACUCGAAGCCGAGCCAAGGAUGAUGUCAAACGGGUUAUGCUGUCAGUGGAGCGCGUAAGGAAAUGGGAAAAGAAAUGGGUUAAUGUCGGUCCAAGCAGCUGUACCUUGAAAGUUUUCAAAUGGGUCCCGGUGAGUCAAGACCAGAGCAAGAAAGAGGAGAAAAUCAGAGGGAAAAAACAUGUCACAACAAGCAAUUGUAACACUGAUGAGGGAGACAGAGACAAUCAGUCUAUUAGCUCAAGUGUUGGUGAAACUAAUGACAGUGCUGCAUCAUCCCCAAGUUCAUCCCAGCAGCAUUCUGUAGACUUAUCAACAGAUACAUCUGUGAGAACCAAGUUUCAACCAGUGCAUCCUUUAGAGCUGAGUAAUAACAAAACGUCACAAGGGGAGGGUGGUGGUCUUCCAACAAGCACAAGUCCAAUCAAACGACGAGCAAGUCAGGCUGAGGAGCUCUUGAAAGCAGAAGAGGCAGGAGUGAACUUUGAGGAAAGUGACAAAGGAAGUCUUGGUAAUGACGACAACUCUUGCAGUGCCUUUGAUCUCAAUGAAGACAGCAACUUAAGUAUCAAUGAUGCCAAUAAUGAUGACAAUGAAGUGGACAAUAGCUAUGUUAGUAAUGAGGAUGAUGAAAAUGAAGAUAAUGAAAUUGAUGAAGAUGAAAAUGAUGAUGAUGACGAUGGCAAUGGCGAUACCCAAAAUACAUUUGAAGGAGAGGAAAGUAACCUUGUGCCUUCUAUUGCAAGUGAAGAGAGUGCCACCAUUUCAUAUCGACUGGGGAUGGGAAUGAUCCCAGAUGAAGAAGACUCAAGAGACUUUGAGAGCACCAAUGAUAGCUCAUUACAACCUGUGACAGAUCUGAUGGGUGUGGCAGAUGGGCCAUCUAAUGAGGCUGAGCAAAUGCCAUCUCAAACUACUACUGAUAUCUCAAGCAUGUUGGAGCAAGACAGUAACCAGGAGGGAACCGACUGUCCACCGCUAAAGAGACCUCGCACUGAGUCUCCCAGUGAGGAACAAGAACAAUAAUGUUGUUGUGGUAGUUAAUUUUAUUUUCUUUUGUAGAAAAAAGAUUAAAAUGAUAUUUAUAUGGUAAAAAAAAGAGAUUAAAUAAAAUAUUGGUUACUAUUUAUUGGAGAACCAGAGUAAAAGUUAAAAGCUUACAUUAAGCUCUCCUCAAAUGAAUACUGUAGUUGUUUUUGUAAAGAAUAUGUUUUGUAAGGAACAUCAUGUCUUCCUUGUAAUCAAGACUGUACUCUGUACACCCUUAUCCUGGGAACAUUAGCAGUUUUUGAUUUAGUGUGAAUUAACCUACUCUCCUUCGUUACAAGGCUUUUUGUAUCAUUAUGGCAUACUCCUACCAGUUAGUCAAUUUCUUGGGGAUGGGGUGCUUUUGCUUGCCCCUAGGGACUUGAAAGAGGCACUGACUUUUGAUAUUGAAUGCAAGUGUACUGUGAACAUUUUGCUUCUGUAUAGUUCAAGUGGUCUUUAGAAGUCUUUAAAUUGAGAAAAAAGUGGAUUGUGUGUACAUGAAUAAAGAUUUUUCUCCAACC